AAAUCCAAAAGUUAUCACAAGAAAUCCCCAAAUCCAUAUUCACCGUCAAAGUCUUGGCUGGAAUUUGCGAAGAAGACGAUUCACUGCAGAUAGAUAACUGUGAUCGGAAGAUCAGGGUUUAUUAGGAUUGCGAUCCGGGCGAAUUCAAGAUGUCGAUGCUUGAUUCUUUCUUCAGCAAAGGGUCUUUCAAGGGUUCUAAAUGUAAAACACUUCUGAAACUGACGAUACCGCGCAUAAAACUCCUGAGGAAUCGUAGAGAAAUUCAUAUAAAGCAGAUGCGUCGUGACAUUGCCAAACUUCUUGAGACUGGUCAAGAAGCCACUGCUCGAAUCAGGGUGGAGCAUAUCAUAAGGGAAGAAAAAAUGAUGGCAGCGCAAGAAAUCAUUGAGUUAUUUUGCGAGCUUGUAGUUGUUCGUCUUCCAAUUAUUGAAGCUCAAAGGGAAUGUCCUCUCGACCUGAAAGAGGCAAUUUCGAGUCUGUGUUUUGCUGCUCCGAGAUGUGCAGAUCUUCCUGAGCUAAUUCAGGUUCAGAUGGCUUUUGCUGCUAAAUAUGGCAAAGAAUUUGUUGCUGCUGCCACAGAACUCAUGCCAGAAUGUGGUGUUAAUCGUCAGUUGAUCGAACACCUAUCUGUUCGUGCUCCAUCUCCUGAUGUAAAACUUAAUCUGUUGAAAGAAAUCGCGGAGGAACAUGAGCUUGAUUGGGAUCCUACAGCAUCUGAAACUGAAUUGCUGAAGCCACAUGAAGAUCUUCUGAACGGGCCCUCACAGUUUUCCAGUACAUCGAUACCUCUUCCACAAGAAAAGCACGAAGAAUCGGUUCGGACCCCUUUGGAACAAACCCAUGAUGAACAGUCGGACUCUGAUGCUGAUUACGAUCUGCUAGAUUUACCUGAGGUUCCUAAUUCAUCAAUACAACCUACCGUUCCGUCGGAAACUGUCUUGAGAACCGAAAUGCUUCCGUUUCCCGCAUCUGCGUUAUCUGAUCUCAACAAUGAAUCAGAAACUCGAUUCGGAUCCAACGAUGAUUUCCCAUAUAAACCUGACAAAAUGUUGGACAAAUCAGCGACGGAAGAGAAACAGUUUUUGCCGUUCAUGUCUCCACCAGCAGCCACUGCUGCCGUCGUCGUCAAAGAAAGUGGUCCACCACCUCCUGGAACCAAAACUGCUGUCGAGUAUGAAGCGAAAGAAAGCAGUCCACUUCCAGUUCCAAGAACCAAAACCGGCAUCACAGAUGAUUUGCAGGAUGUAUUGGCCGCUGCACAAGCGGCAGCAGAAAGUGCUGAACGGGCAGCAGCAGUAGCUCGGACAGCGGCAAGCCUUGCACAGCUUCGAAUCAGUGAACUCAUCAGGAAACAGAACGAAGAUGAGUCCACUGAUAAUCCGUUUUCUGGAGACAACCAUCGAUCAGAGACACCCGAAACUCCAAAUCUUGACAGGCAAAGCUCGGCACAGGAUCAUGAAGGCGGUUUCAAUUCUUCGAGUCCUCCUCCACAGCUGUUUAGUCCUCACCAGCCACAGAGGUUGCCAUCGAUGGAUGAUGGGUUCAUGUCGUAUCCGAAUUUGUUUACUUCACGGAGUCCCGAUGAGUUAUCUCGUGCUCAAUCUUUUGCUGAUAAUGUGCGUUCUAGUGAUGAUCAUUGAACGAAGUUGUGUUGCUGAUAACGUAUUUUCCUAUAUGUUUUCGGUUUGUUUGAUUCUGUAAAGUGACCUUUGACAAUGCCGAAUUUUAUGUUUUGGUUCGAUAUUACAUCAAGAGAGUCGAUAUGUUGGCGCUUUGAAAGGUUGGUUUGUAACGUAUGAGAAGGAUCGAUGAAUGAAUCUUUAAUCUACAUAUUGCGACAAAUUGUUUUUCUAA